AUGGCUCAAGAUAAAGAUACCAUUAAACUUCAAGUUACCCAAUUUCUUUGUGGUGUAACUACUUUAAAGGGUAAUCAUUAUUCACGAACUUCUUUAAAAAAUGCUUUAUCUGCCAUUAGUAGACAUCUGCAAGAUGUCAAACCGGGCUGGAGAUAUAAUUUACAUAACAAAGUUGAUUUUCCUGAUUUAUAUGCUCGUUUUGAUUGUCUUCUUAAAGAUAUGAAAAAGAAGGGUAUUG